UAGGAUAUAUAUCUAUAACUUUAAUUUGAUACAUUUUGAUAUGAAACAGUGAAUUAAAUUUUUCUCAACAACAAUAAUAAUUUUUAUAAUAAAAAAUUAUUUUCAAUAUAAGAAAAGCAGCUGGACUUGACCACACAUAACAUAGAUUAGGACCGGCGACAAAGAUUUUUAGCAUAAAAUGUCUGAAGAAAAGAAAGACCCGGAAAGAGUACCUGAAAAUGAGGAUUUGUUGUUUGGUGGUCAAGUUAAACCAUAUACAAAGGAACAUAAACCAUCAGGAUGUUGUCGAUGUACAAAGAAAAGGAUUCUUAUUCUGGCUGUGAUUUUAGGGAUGUUGUCCCUGUACGGGAUUGGUCUUGCAAUAGGGCUUGCCGUUGGGCUCAAUAGGGAGCAAGAGCAGCAGACGACAAAACCAAAAGUUUUAAAGGAACCAGUCGGCGUUGUUGUCUCCGACCACGAAGCUUGUUCGGAUAUUGGCAGGGACAUCUUGGCCAGGUAUGGCACUGCUGUUGAUGCUGCAAUCGCCACAUUGAUUUGUAACGGUGUUCGAACACCACACAGCAUGGGUAUUGGCGGAGGAUGCAUUUUUGUCGUUUAUGACAAAGAAUACAGAAAAAUUGCUACAAUAGAUGGCCAAGCUGUAUCACCAACCUCACUAACCGAAACUAUUUAUACCCAAUUAACUCGUCAAAAUAUCAAUGCUCGGAGAAUCGCCGUGCCCGGGGAACUGAAGGCUUACAAAGAAGCUCACACCCGAUAUGGUCGGUUGCCAUGGAAGGAUCUUUUUGAACCAACUAUACAAAUGAUACGAAAUGGUUUCCCAUUGUCAGAUGCAACAGCUUCAGCGUUAGAUUACCUAGCAAAUACAAGGAAAUUCAAUAUGACUAAAUUUCCGGGUCUGUGCGCAAUAUUUUGUAACAACACUGGCACCGGGGAAAUAAAGAAAGCUGGCGACACCAUCAUGUGGCCCAAACUUGCUGAUACACUACAGGCUAUUGCUAUUGAAGGCAUUGAUUAUAUAUAUGAUAGUCCCAUGACGAAUAUGAUAGUUGAUGAAAUUAAAAGUGAGGGUAGGUGCAAAGAAACACAGAUGUCCGAAAUAAUCCAAAGACGUGGUAUGUUGGAUAUUUCCGAUUUCAUUUUGGAUUACAAAGUGAGGACUGGAAACGCAUUAGAAGUUUACCUAGAGAACAGUACAAUUUAUACAAUGAAUGGGGCAACUGGUGGACCUAUCGUUGGACUCAUAAUGAACAUUUUGAAGCGAUAUGACUGGAUGGACAUGGACACUUUAGAGGGACAGGUCGAUUUCUACCAUAGAAUGAUAGAAGCUAUGAAGUUUUCUGACGCUGAUCGAAUGCGUCUCGGUGACCCAGAUUUCGAUAAUACCACAUGGAUUUUAGACAAAAUGCGUUCCGAAGAAUAUGCAGAUAUAUUACGUACAAAAAUUACAGCAGAAACUCAUGAAAUACCCUAUUACACAGACGCUACCGGAAGUUACGGAGAUAAAAUGGGCACUUCGCAGGUUUCCGUACUUAGUCCGUAUGGUGAUGCAGUUUCAGUAACAUCGACUGUUAAUUGGUAUUUUGGCUCCAUGAUUGUUUCAAAUGCAACUGGUAUAAUAUGGAAUAAUGAAAUGGAUGACUUUGACACAGAUCCUAAACGACCAACAAAGGUGAAUAGAUUGGAACCAGGUAAGCGACCAAGGUCAUCGAUGGCACCAACUAUCGUCGUCGAUAAUGAAGAUAAUGUCAAAAUGGUUACAGGCGGGGCGGGAGGAUCAUAUAUCGCUACAACAGUUGCUCAGGUUUUGGCAAAAGUUUUGUUGCUGAACAUGCCCUUACAAGAGGCAAUGGAUUCCAAACGAAUACAUCAUAAGUUGGCUGAUAAUACGUUGUAUCUUGAAAAAGGCUUUCCAGAGGAUAUCAAAGAACUUUUAACCGAUGCCGAAGGGAGAAAACAUGUAGCUAAAUUUUCAACUUCAAGACUUUUUUCUGUCGUUGAGUCUAUAUCGGUAGAUGAUAAUGGAACCAUGUUCGGAUAUGCGGAUAAAAGGAAAAAACAAGGCAAAGCAAGCUACAUGUAUAGAACAGUUAAAGCAAAAAGUUAAUACAUAGUAUAUUUUUCUGUGGUGAUUUCAUAUUUUAUUUUUUACAAAAUGGAUCUCGCUUGAGUCUUAUCAGCAUUUAGAAUAUUUGUGAUUGAUAUAAACGUGAGUAUAGAGGUAAAGUACUUGACUAAAAGGUAUGAUACUUUGGCAAAAAUAUGAACGUGACCAAGGAGAUGAACGUGACUGCAAAGAAUGGAGUGUUACAAACGGCUUAUGUCAUCACCCGAAUAGAUUAAGUUUUAGUAUUCAUGUGAAAUGGAAAACAAAUCAGUGUGAUGAGGUUUUCUGCAAGAGCAUAAUUUUGAACCACCAUUUUAACAAAAAUGUUUCGUCUUAAACGUGGUUCGUGUUACAAAAACUAAUAGAAAAAUAUUUUCUUGUUGCACAACUUAAAUAUAUCUAUUUUACGAUAUAACUUUUUGUUUAUUUCGUCACUUGUUGUGAUUUAGUUCUGAAUUUGUGACUUUAUGCUAAAUAUUGUGUACACAUUUUAUUGAAUAAUAUUGUCAUUAUUAUUUAUUGCAAAAUUAGUGUACUUGUUAUCAUCGUUUUAUUUUUAGACAAAUUAAAAAAAAAAAAUAUUUUCAUGAAAUGAAAGAAUAAUUGGACGCGGGUUUUGCAAAUUGCUUUUACAGACUGGUUGGUGAUACAUUUUUAUGAAAGGGACGAUGCACAAUAUUGAACAUCAUUCAGUUUAAAAUAUAAUGAAUAUACAUUUCUGUUUUUUUUAUUGAAAUUAUUCAUACGUCGGUUAUAUAUUCCAUUAUUUGCAUGCUAGAAUAAACAAAAUACUUACACUAUUAUACAAAUAUAUUAUUUUAUAAGAUCAUGACAGAUGGUUUUAUGUUCAACACCAUGACAGUCUUAAAGUCUGAACAUUUUAAAUUGACAAGGUCAUUUUUAUAAAUUUUUGAAAAUAAAUUUGAAUAUAAAA